AUGCAUCGCCAGAAUAAGCACGUUAAUCAAUCAGAUUUGCAACGACGGCGAGAGCAGAAACAAAAUUCGAUUGUGGUUCAAGCGAUGUUCAGCGCCCUUCACACCGUGUACAUGGUGCUCGCAUCAGUCAUCAACUUUUUCGUUCUCAUUUUUCGUAAAACGACGAGAGCGUACUGUAAAUAUCAAGUAGUGACAUAUCAAAGUAACAUUCCAAUGUCUCCAUUGACCGCUCAUCGCCUUUUGUCGAUGAAAAAGAAAAUUCUGGUGCUCGAUCUCGACGAGACCCUUAUUCAUUCACACCAUGAUGGUGUACUACGCCCGAUGGUGAAGCCAGGAACCCCGCCAGAUUUCACAAUACGAGUUGUUAUUGAUCGUCACCCGGUGAAAUUUUCGGUUCACGAACGGCCCCAUGUCAAUCUGUUUUUGACAGUAGUUAGUCAAUGGUAUGAGCUUGUUGUAUUCACCGCUAGUAUGGAAGUUUAUGGUUCGAACGUCGCCGACAAACUCGACAAAGGUCGCGGUAUUCUCAAACGCCGCUAUUUUCGUCAGCAUUGCACCAUGGACGUUGGCGGCUACACCAAAGAUUUGUCGGCGAUCCAUCCCGAUUUGUCGAGUAUUUGUAUAUUGGACAACUCGCCGGGAGCCUAUCGCAAAUUCCCGCACAAUGCGAUUCCAAUACCAUCAUGGUUCUCGGAUCCGAACGACACUUGCCUUCUGAAUCUGCUACCAUUCCUUGACGCCCUUAGGUUCACCUCGGAUGUCCGCAGCAUUCUUUCACGCAAUCAGCAGGUCCUCUCGGAGCUCUAG